AAAAUGGCUUAUCCGACGACCGUCAAUAUGAAUCUACCAAUCAGCUGUUUUUAAUACUAUAGCGCUUUUAGCGGAGAAAAUUAAGACUAUGCAGACUACUUUUACCGCCUAAAAUUGUAUACUUGAAUUAUACUCAGAUGGCAGAACUGAUAUUAUAUAAAUAUAAUAAUACUUUAAACAGUCUAAACGUCUUAUUAAUUAUCAUUUGAUAUAGCAGAGACUUAGAGGUUUUUUAUAUGUUGUGUACUGUGUUUGUGUUGUGAUUCAUGUGUAGUACAUAGGUAGGCACCUUAGGUACCUACCUAAGUACCACUUAAUUGUUAUGUUAUAUUAUGUUGCUAACUAAAGUAUGGUAUUGGUAUUAAUUUGUAUGAAGUUUAGGACCAACACUUGAUAAUGGGUCCCUAAUUUAUAGUAGUUGUGCUAUUUUUUUGAAAUUAAAUGUUUACUAAAAUAUAUUCAAAAUUAUUGUAUAUAAUAUUUAAUAUUUUAAUUAAUAGGUGUUGAAAGAAGCAUUAGAUUGGAUAAACAGUUGGGAAUCAAAUUUAAAUAAUAAUUAUAUUGGAAAAAAUGAUUUUUUAACUUCAAACACUGUCGAUGGUUUAAAAAUCACUUUAAAAUCUACACUAGAUGUAGUUAAUUAUCUACUGAAUGACAAAAAUUUUGCAUAUGUAUUGACAUCUAAAUUUAACCAAGAUUGUUUGGAAAAAUUUUUUGGAAUUGUACGACAAGUGGCUGGUCCAAACGACCAUCCUUCUUGUCCUUCUUUCCUCCAACUUUAUAGAAUGCUUUCAGUAUUUUCAUUGAUUAAGCCCCCUAAAAGCGGUAAUUGUAUGAUAUUUGAAGAUAAUGCUCCUAUAAUAACAAUAGCAGAUUUAAAACAGAUUUCUAAAGACCCUGCAAACACUUCAAUAAGAGAAGAAAAAAUUGAGAAGCUAAAAGAAAAAUUGAAUACUAUUUCAGAUGAAGGAUAUUGGGAUGUCGAUGAAAUUUUUCAAGAACACGAUUAUUCUGAUUCUACUGUUUUUGACUGUAUAGUAUAUUAUUUAGCAGGAUAUAUGGCCAAGCGAUUAACUGCAAAGACUAAAUGCCAAGUAUGUGCAUCUAGUUUCAAAAAUCUGAAUACGACAGCUUACGGUACUAAUGCAGAUUUAGUAAUGGCUAAAAGUAGGGGAUAUCUAUCUCAUCCUAACAGCAAUCUAUUCAGAAUAAUAAAAUCUCUUGAAUUGUCCUUCACUAAAUUUAAAGACUCUCAAAAUGUAUUUGAAGAGGCAUUUGAAGAUUUUUUAAAAAAGAAAAUUUCUUUUAGAUUUGAUUGUGAAGAACACAAACAAACUGUAUUAUCCGAUAUUUAUACACAUUACCUUAUAAUGAGAAUGAGACAAUACACAUACAUUCAAAAUCAAAAUAAUAAAAAACUAAACACCACUAAAAAGAAAUUGUCGAAAUUAGUGACCACAUAGAUAUAUAAUAAUAUGUUAAUUAUAGGUACACUAAUAUAUUAUUAUUAUUAAAAAUUUUUGUUAACUUUAUUAUUUGUGAAUUGUGAUUGUGUUCCGUAUGAUUUAAACAGUCGCGCAAAUUACGAGUUAACGACACUAUUUUGCUCACUUGGAGCGCUGCUAUAUUAAAAAAAGUGAGAUUCACUGUACUGGCUUUCUUAU